GGCUACAAGCGAGUAGCCAUGGCACAUGCGAAAGCUGGCGACUCUGAGCAGGUCGGUGGUGUUGCCGAGUUCAGUGAUGGUGAUGAGCUGCAAAUUCGGCACUUGAGAGAGGAUGAGGACUUGGUUAUUGAUGGGGAGACUAUCGUGGAUGACAUGCUUGUUGCUCAACGUAUUGCCGAGCAGGAUGCGUUUGCCGAGCGGGUGCUUCAUGAAUCCGAAGGCGCAAUGGAACGACGCAAAGCUCCUUCCGCCCAAGAUGUGCAGAAGCUUCUGCGACUGCUCAGGGAGACACGAAAGUUGACCUCAAAGAUUGGGGACUUGCCCAGUCAGUUCGAUGCCUUGGUCAGUGAGGAGUUGCGUGAUGCAUGCAAAGCUGCCACAGAGGCGGUCACCAAACUUCCUUUGCCAGAGUCAUCGACAACAGUGGAGGAUGCUCCCGUAGGUGAAGAGAAAUGGGGUGAAGGCACUGAGGAUCCUGCCCAUGCGCUUGCUGCAGUGGACCUGCAAAGUACAGACGAAGAAACUGCCGCAGCUGAACCUUCUGCGGUUGCUGAUGCUGAAAGAACCAAGGAGGAAGCAGAGGUUAAGGAAGAUGGGAACGAGGAGAUGCAGGAGAUGGAAGCUCAUGAAGCUCAGCAAGAUGCAAAGGAUGAAGAUGACAAGGAGCUUGAUGGAGCAGAGCCUGCUGAGGCUGUUGAGGCCGAUGUAGGAAAGCGGCACGCCAUAGAAGAUGAAGAGGGCGCACCUGUCAUCAAUGUCUCGCACCUGCCCGACAUUCUGGAUGCCAAUGCGCCCAAAGAAGCCAUCGGCAAAGUGCAGUCCAUAGUGCAAGAGCUCCUAGUGAUUCAAGGAGAGGAAGAUGGCAAGGCUCUGGACCUUGGCUCUGUGCUGUGCCAAGAAGAUGGCCGGGUUCUUGGCGCUGUAGUCGACGUGUUUGGGCAGAUCUCCCACCCCCACUACUUGGUGCUUCCUUCCGAGUCUUGCAAGAAGGAUUUGCCACCAGUGGGUGCAGCUGUGCUGGCUGCAACAGGUAUGCAGGAGACCAGCUUCCUUUGUGAUAGAGCCGACUUGGCUGCCUUGCAAAACCAAGUUGAUAGCGACGAGGAGAGUGACCUCAUUGACGGAGAUGAGUCGGACAGCGAGGAUUCACCUACCUUCAACCCUGAAGGGGCUGCUGCGCUAGAAGCAGAAUCGAGAAACUGGGGAGGUGUUUGGGGAUCUAUGCUAUCGAAGGAGCCCAAGAACAACCAUGCUGUCGAGACAGGGAACUUGGUUGAAGAUCCCGCCUCCCGAAGUUCAACGACCUAUCGGGCGGAAAGAGGAGAGGCACCAUCAAACUCCCGCAGCAGAUUCAACUGCUAUGGCUCCACUGAUCGGAGGAAAAGCGACGGCAAUCAGGGAGAGGACAUGAACUGGUACGAAGGAAGUUCAGGCCGUUCAAGAGAGGCAACAAGACGAAAAGGUGCAAAGGGCGGUGCCAAGGGGAAAGGCCAUGAACGAGAAAGCUCUCCACCGAGACCACCACCACCGCCGCCGCCCGGAGACCACGCGGACUGGCCUGAGGUGAAAGGAGCUAAAGGCCCAAGAGGAGCCAAAGGGAAAGGGCGCGAGCGGGAAAGGUCACCCCGGAGGGCUCCACCACUACGGCCACCAGCACCACCAGCACCGCCAGCACCACCAGCGCCACCAGCGCCACCAGCACCACCAGCACCGUUGGCACCGCCGGCACCGCCGGGACUGCCGGCCCUGCCAGCACCGUUCCCACCAACACCGCCACCACCUCCACGGGCAGCGCAAAGCUCGCAAUGGCCCAGGGAUGCUCAGGCGGUUGGGGACUGGGAUGACCAUUCAAGAUCCAGAGUGAAGAGGAGGCGUGGGGAGAGCUAGAUGCAAAGCUGAGUGUCAGACCUGUGAGAGCUGUGCCAGCGUUUGACACUGCACAUGCUGACCGAGCUUUGCACGGCUGGCCUAGCUUGGCCACGGUCCUCAAAUGUUGAACAUGUUUAAAGAAGAAAA